AUGAAACUCAGCUAUAGCGAGGCAGCCUUUAAGAUCUCGAUUUGCCUAGGUAUAGCGUCUUCCUUCAUUGUAAGAAGCAAUACCGUCGAGAUCACAACUGGGGAAAAGCUACUUGAAGAUCUCCUCGUCAAGAGAGUAAACUACUCAAUUGUGAACAGCCCUCGUGUUCAUUUUGUGGGCCAUGUUUACAUUUUAGGCAGUCUCUUGGUAUCAAGCACUAAUAACUUGGAAGCUUCAGUCCGAAUAAACAGUGACGAGUUCACAAACUACGGAACAGUUGCUUUUAACACAAUACAAUCCGACUUUCCUUCUACAUAUUACGUCAAUACCCAUGAUAGCUUCAUAAACACAGGCUCCAUGUUUUUUGGUAUAUCCGGUGCUACUUCUGGGACAAUACCAUUUCGUGUCACUUCUGUGAAAUCAUGGAACAACACUGGUAUGAUGAUAUUUUGGACCGCUUCUGGAGAAAGUGCACAAGUUCUUCUUGCACAAGAUGUUGGACACAACGAUUCCUCAAUAAUCAAAAAUAGCGGAUCUAUUUGCUUAUACAAUACUAUGUGGCAGGCAACUACCAGCAUCGCUGAAAAUGGCUGUAUUACCAUUGGAACUGGAUCUGCUGUUAUCUUGAAUUUAGCACUAAACAGCCACUGCUUUUCUAUUUCGAAAAUGCAGACUUUUUAUUUGGAAGGUCCUGACUCGGUGUUGACUAUAUCAGGAUUGAACUCAUCUUGCACAUUUCCUAUGAUCAAAGUUGCCGGAUUCGGAAACGAAAACGUGAUUGAAUUUGAUAUCUGGCAUCAUGAUGUUUCUUCAUAUGAGUACCUUACUACAAGAGGUGAACUCAUUGUCAAAGUUGUGAAAGAAUCAAAAGUGGUUUUUCAUAUUGGCACGGGGUAUCUGGAACAGUCAUUUCGUUUAAGACUAAGCACCACCGGUUGUAAAAUUUCUUACAGUCCUCAUGCUCCAAAUAUACCUCCAUAUGAGUGCUCAUGCCAAUCAGUAUUUCCUGAGGUUUCUGGAGCUACUUGUUUUUAG